UUUUUUAUUUAGGGCAGAUCAUUUUUUUUAAUUUCGUAGGAAAUUGAAAGUUAUUCCUGUUGAAUCAAAUAUCAUACUCCGGCUUCAUGUGAACUAUGAACUACUCUCUGCUACUCCUUGUCUUUUUCGUUGUCGUGCCUUAUAUUCAUGGCACCAUAUCGGAUUGGAGACUUUGCGCUGAUCCAGAAUGUCGAGGAGCUGUGUCUUCAGGUGUUGCGUCAGUAAAUUACAAAAGUAUUGAACCUAUGGUACUCUCCUUCAAUGCAGGAGAUGAAGUCACCAUAUAUAGUAAAGAGGCUGGUCAAAACAAGGAGCUUUGGGGUGCUGAGGUGCGAGGAAAAAGGGGUUACAUACCCAAAAGGCUUGUAAGAGAAAUGAGAAUUUUUUUACGAAAUCCCAGCCACACCGUACCCACAGAGUUAAUCCAACCAUCUGUGAUGCAACCUCCAAAUGUCCAAUCAACUUUCAUUCCUCAACAGCAGCAGCCACUACAGCAGCAGCCCCACCAGCUUCCGAUGCAGCAAGGCUUUCCACAGGAAAAUUUCAGACCCUAUCAACAGCCUUCGUUGCCACAUGUAAAUCCCCAACACCACAAUAGUAACCUACUGCCAAACCAACCUGUCCCAAUGCAGCAGACACCCCAGUUGACAGUGCCACAGCAGUCUGUUCCAAGUCAACCAAAACCAUUGCAGGAGCCACCUAUGCAAGCGAUCCAGCCUGUUGUAACGACAGAAGCCAGUACUGUUACGCCAACUGCCGAAACUCAAGCAUCCGGUGACAUCAAUGAUAUUGGCACUAAAGAACCUUCACCAGUUUCAACAAAUUCUGCAUCACUUGGUGAACCACCUGUUCAACAGUUAAAAGAAUCUGUUACGAUAGAAGAUACUGAGAAAGACAAGAAAGAAAUUGAAGUUGAUAGUGAGGAUGAUGAAGAAGGCGAUGAAACUGAUGAAAACGAUGCGAACGAUCAAGGAGAGGACGAAACUGAUGACGACGAUGUCAACGUAGUGGAGAAAGCAACCGACAAACCACCAUUGGAUCUCAAGGCUUCAGAUUCGGUCACAGUGGCUGACGUUGAUGCUAUCGUAAAGGCACCUGCUGUGGAUCCUAUGAUUGAAAUAGGUGAUCUGCACGUUGCCAACAGCUCUCCAAUUCAUGUUCCACACGUUCAUUCACUAGAAGAAAGCAUUGACGACUCUUUGAUCAAGAAUGAACAGGCAGCAGUCGCUGAUACGCCAAUCUCCAACAAAUCUCAGUUUAUUGAAGAGGGUCCUGGCGUCGUGGUCGACAAGCUUCCUGUAGAAGAAAAUGCAACUUUCGAUAGCGUUCGGGAUGUCCAUGAAAUCAAUCACGGAAGACUUGAUGAUAUCCCUGGGGAAGACUCGAAUGCAUCUCAACCGGAGAGUUGGGUUUCCCCAACAGAAUCUUCUGUCGAAUCUAUUCAAACUGACAAUGAAGUGAAAGAAACAAACUCUUCUAUCGAUGAUAGUUUGGAACAUGUGAAUGAAACCAAACCUGAUGAUGUGGUUCCUACUCAAGAGGUCGUGGUCGAAUCCACUACCUCGAUUCCAGAUGUUGAUUCCGAUUCUGCAAUCCUUCCCAUGGCAGAAAUUCAGCAGCCGACAGGGGAUCAUGUUGAACCGGCUGUUCUUUCUUCAGAUUCACAACAACCUCAAGCUAAUUUAAUAUCUUCAUCAACAGAUGGUAGUCUAGAAAGCCAACAAUCUAUUGAAUUACCUGCUGUUGAAACACAGACGGACGUACCAGAACUGUCAACGACGAAAGAAGAUUCUGAAAAGGUGGAGGCCGCAUCACUGGAGACGCCAUCGUCGAUAGUGGAAGAAACUACUGAGCAACCGUUGCCACCCACAGGUGAUACAGAAAGUUUACCAACUGAAGCGGGAAAAAGCGAAGAAAGUAAAGGAUCUGGUACUGAGGGAUCCGGUGGAGGUUUCCUCGAUUCAGCGUUAAAUUGGUUAGGACUAAGCGACACUGAAGAGCCUCUAAAAACAGAACAAAAUGAGGCCGAACCGACAGAUCCAGCGCACUUACUCCAACAGAUCGCAUCCAUGGAUCCCACGCUCAAGCAAGAAAUUGAACCGUCACUAAAAGUUGAUCUUCCCAACAGGGACGUCAAUGGGUUCUGCGACACGCAAGACUGUGCAAAGCUGGGAAAUCCAACAGACGUGCCAAAGCAAGAUGUCCAUAACGCACAUGAACAGGAGGACCAAGUCCAUCACGGUCGUAAGCAUGACGGUCAUGAUCAUCACCAUAAUCACGACGACCAUGGUCACAUUCACGAUGGCAACGAUCAUCAUCAUAAUCAUGACGGCCACGUUCACCAUCAUCAUGGAAAUGACGGCCACGAUCAUCACCAUCACGGCCAUGGCGAUCACGAUCAUCACAAUCACGGGCAUGAUGAUCACGGACAUGGACAUGGGCAUGGACAUUCUCAUAUUCCUGGAUACAUUCCGGGAUUCGGCCAUCACUACAAGCCUCCAGUUCCUAAACCUCAGGUUGCGUCUCCACCAGUAGUAACUCCACCACCGAUAGAAACUCCAUCGCCAACGGAAAUGCCACUUCCACCUCCAACAGAAAUGCCACCUGCACCAUCAGUGGAGACGGUGUCACCACCUACGACAACGAUGGAGGUCGUUCCAGAACCAACACAAGAAUUACAGCCAGAUCAAGCCACUCCGCCCCCUGUUGUAGAGGAAUCCAAUCCAUUGCCACCAGCAGCCUCGCAAUACUUGAAUCAAGUCCCUCCCGUUCUGGAACAAGGUCCACAAGAAGAAGUGGGACACUUGCCAAACCAAGUUCCUGUGCAAGAGCCAGCCGCCGUGCCAGAAUACAUUCCAGUGGAAGAGAUCUUCCGUGCAGAAAUGGAGAAAAAUCGGCUGUUGCAAGAGCAACAACAACAGGAGCAAAACGGCGAAAGCCUAUUCGAUUGGUUCGCACUUCCUUUAUCGACGCUAAUUGCAUCUUUCAGCCAGAUGGAAACAAGUGAGGCAUUACCCAAGGCAAGCCUCUAUCCCGCACUCCUAGUGUCCGUCACCACGGUGAUCUUUCUGACCCUCUACUACUCUGUGCAAAAUAAAUCGGUUGAGAAAAUGCUCAAAUCGCGCAUCAGUUUGCUCGAUUCGCAGCUCUACGAGAGCCAGUCGGCCAAUGAAGAGAGCAGCAAUGCGCAAACGAAAUUGUCCGAGUACGAGACGAGCAUCGCCGAGUUGCGAAGCCAAAAGGAGCAGGCAGAGGCCGAAAGAGUUGCCAUGACUAAGCGGCUGGUUAACUUGGAAAAGGAGCGUGACGCGCUGGAAAAAGAGGUGGAAUGUGCCACCGAAUCGGCCACGGAAGCCAAUCGCAUGUUGGAAGAACUACUGGCGUCGCAGUCGGAGAACGACCAAUGGCAGAGGUCGGUCGAGGUACUCCAACAGCAGCUCAACAGGCAGCAGCAGACGAUGGAGAAUUUGAAUUCCAGCCUGUGCGUGAAAACGGCCGAGAACGAGACGCUGGGCGCUGAGGUGGAAGAGCUCCGCAUCGAGACGGAGCGUUAUAAAGUGCGCAUCAAGACGUUGCAGAGCGACCUCGAAAACCUGAAGACGUCCAACCGGAAUUAUCAGCAGAAGAUGGCGCAAGAAGGAGGUGAAUUAAUGAAACUCAAACAAGAUAAGGAGGCGUGGGUCACUGAACGUCGUUCGCUGUCCAAUCAGAUCAACCGGCACGCCAAGGAGAUCGAAGAAUGGCGGGACAAGGCUGAACAAUUGAAAAAAUCAAUGAAAGCAAAGGAGAAUGAUCUGGCCAAAUCGCUGGAACUGCUCAAACAGUCGGGCAAUGACGGCCCGUCUGUCCUGCAAUUGACAUCGCUCGUCCAGCUCGAAUCGGAAUUAGCCGAAGCCAAUCAGAACGUCGAGAGGCUGAUGCGUCAAGUCGAUUCGCACGCGGAAGAGAGCCGGCGAUUCGACGCUGAGAAGGCCGACUUCCAGCAACGGCUUUCAGAGUUGCAAGCCACUUGUGAAGCUGCAACUCGAGAUAAACGCGAAGCCGAAACGCGAUUGGAGGUUCUGACGAACUACUUCAAAGAGAAGGAAACACAACUCCAGAAGGAAUUGGGCACUCACGAAGCCAAACGAGCCAUUACCGAAGAGAACGUUAGCGAGUCAGUCAAAAAGAUACUCGAAACGGAGGAAAGCCUGACGUUGUACAAGUCACAGGUGGAAACGUUGACGAAAGAGAUCGAAGAGCAGGAGCGAAGCUACAAGUCGCGGCUGGCCACUCAGGAAAAGCGGGCGCACGAGAACUGGGUGGCGGCCCGUCAGCUUGAGCGCCGGCUGGAAGAGUCGAAACAGGAGGCGGCCCAGCUGCGCCAUCGGCUUACCCAAGUAGAAAAGGAUAAGGAAGCGCUGGUGCUGGUAGCCAAGGAGAACGGGACGGCCAACGGAGCCGCUGAUGUGGACUUGAUCAAGCCCGUCAUCAAGCGUCCACUUUUAGCCGGGAUGGGGAACAAUGAAGAGCUGACGAUGAUGGAUCAUCCGCCUCUCUUGUCACCACCUAUUCCGCCACCGCCACCUGGAAUGGAACUCGGUUUAGGUGUACCUCCGCCGCCCGGCAUGCCCUUUGAUUCACUAUUCCCUCCACCGCACUUUAUUCCGCCAGCUCCGUUCAUGCCGCCCGAUGCGGGCAUGCUACCACCCAUGCACCUGAUGCCUUCCAUUCCGCCGCCUCCUUCCGGUAUGCUGUCGGAUCACCACCGUCCUCCACCGCUGGGCAUGAUUGCCACCGGCAGUUUUGACGUCGAUUACCGACGGGACAUGGCCGACCCUCCACCUCCUAGACGCUACCCAUCGCCGCCACGGCGCUAUCCUUCACCCCUAGGCUCUGAAAGAAGCGUCCGGUCAGAUCGUUCAGAUCGAAUGGAUCGUUACGACGAUCCUUUUAGGCCCGUAUCUCCUUAUGGCAGGCACGGUGGUAGGCCGCGCUCAGUUGGCCGCAGCCGGGACGUCUCGCCAGAGCGGCCUCGGAGCUAUUCCCCUCUGCCGUCUCCACUCUAUCCUCCUCAUACCACUGUGCACUCGCCACAGGACUGGGAUGACGGACGAGAUUAUAACAGGGCACCAAUGAUGCGACCAAAUAACCUUCGGCACCCACAAUCAGGUCCGAAAACGUCAUCGCCUCUUAUCCAGCCAAUGGAUAAUGGCGAUCGUCAUCAUCGACCCCAACCUUAAAAAAAAAACAGAGAACGGAAUGCCUGGUUGUUUCUUUUGUUAUUAUUUUUCUUGAUUUUCUUUUUCAUAACAGAAUUGAAGCUUCUUUAAGAAAAAAAAAAGGUGGAACGUUUUGUUUGCGUGUUCCUGAUUGAACAACAGAGCCGCACGAUGUGCCGAAAAUGAAAAAAGAAAACAAAAAGCGAAUCGAUGUUAUACAGAAUGAAUAUAAAAAAAGGAAAUGAGAUACGAAGAAAGAGAGAAAAAAAAAAUCGAA